AUGGCCUCCAAAAUCACCCGCAGCGCCCUCCGCGCCACCACCCAACUCUCUCAUUUCUCCCAAACACAAUCCUCCUUCGGCCCCCGACACGCCUCCCCCAUCUUCCGCCGCUACCUUGCCACACCCGCCGAACAACCCCGACUACGCUUGGGUUCCGAGGCGCCCAAUUUCAGCGCAAAGACAACGCAGGGCGACAUCGACUUCCACCAAUGGCUGGGCGGAAAAUGGGCUAUCCUCUUCUCCCAUCCAGCAGAUUUCACACCAGUAUGCACGACCGAGCUGGGGGCGUUCGCGAAGAUGCGCGAUCAGUUCGAGAAGAGGGAUGUGAAAAUGAUAGGGUUGAGCGCGAACGAUUUGUCUUCGCAUGGGAAGUGGAUUGACGAUAUCAACGAGCUAUCCAACACGACACUGCAGUUCCCGAUCAUCGCGGACGCAGAUCGAAAAGUGGCGUUCCUCUACGACAUGGUGACGGAGGAGGACAUGAAAAAGAUCGAUACAGCGUUUACCAUUCGAUCGGUGUUCAUCAUCGAUCCCUCGAAGAAGCUACGCUUGACGAUGCUGUAUCCGGCGUCGGUGGGAAGGAAUACGAGCGAGGUGUUGCGGGUGAUUGAUAGCUUGCAGCUGGGCGACAAAAAGGGCGUGACGACGCCGAUUGAUUGGCAGGUUGGCGACGAUGUGAUUGUGCCGCCGAGUGUCAAGACAGAUGACGCGAGGAAGAAGUUCGGCGAGGUGCGGGAGGUGAAGCCGUAUUUGCGGUAUACGAAUGUGUCUGAUAGUGUCAAGAGUAAAUGA